ACCGGGGAGACCACAAAAACUAAAAAUAACAAACCUGCUUCGAACAUGGUUUUCGAUGGCUGUAAUAAAUGGCAGCGGAAUUCAUCGGGCUAAUAAAUUCAUGCCGUCCACAGUUGAAGGGAAAGGGUUACGAUAAGGAACAGAAAAUGAAGGCUCCACCCAACAUUAGAUUUCUUUUGGCUUCAUCAAUACCCAAAGAAAAAAAAAGGAAAACCCCUAGGUCGUGGCAGUGCCCAAUCCGCGAACAAUUUAGAGUCUGACCAAAAUUUAAUUUAGCUUACUGUAUUCACAUCCACUGCAGAUUUAAACAAAGGCUUAUUGGAGGAUCACAAUGGGUAAGGGUGAGCAAAAGAAGGAAGAUGCCCUAGACAUAAGCCCUUCGAGGCCUUUACGCGAAGGUGGAAAAGCCAUUGCAAAUCUAAGUGAAUUAGCCUAUACAAGUACAAUCAAGAAGAUGCAACAUCUACAAAAAUUGGCAGUUUGGGCUUCUGGAGAAGGCUCCAUUCCAUCAAUUGGAGCUCUUCUGGGCACUCAUUUAGCAGAUGCUGGAGAAAUUUCGAGAAUCCCUCUACCUGAUUCUCCAUUUUUUACUUGUGAAAGGUGUGAGAUGAUUCUUCAGCCUGGGCUUAACUGUUUUGUUCGUGUUUGGAAGCAUCCUCGCAAAGCAAGACAUAAACCACGCUCUUUUUCCAAAUUAGCUAAUGCUGUUGUGUAUACCUGCAAUUUUUGUUCACACAAAAAUAUAAAACCUGGCACCCCUGAAGGUUACCUCAAAAAAGGAAAAGCUCAAAAAGCUCUUAAUGCAAUCCAAUCAGCUCCCAUAGAGAAGAAUUUUUUUAAGAAGGCAGACAGGAGAAAUGUCAUGAGUUCUAUGUCGAUAUCUAGCCCUUCCCCUGGGAGCACUCCCAUUACACCAACUUCAGCAAAUCUUUCGAGUACAAAGAAGAGGAAACGGAAAACUCGGUCAACACUCCAGGAGCUUACAAAUAGCAACCAAAAAUUACCAUCCUUCAGCAAUCUGAGUGCCUUGAAAAUUCAUUCUUUCAGCUUGUGAGGUUACAGGGAUAUAACAUUGCAGAUAAAAAAUGAUUUGUGUAUUACCAUUGGAAAUUUGGAAAUGUUUUCAUAAAUGCCUGUUGGUGCUUACCUUUUUGUUUCUCGUGGCUUCAAAUAUCAAUAAUUAGUGGGGUAUAUAUAGACAAAACUGAAACCUUUAAAUCGUCUUAUAUUGCAGAAUUUUGA